AUGGCGGCCUCAACAAAAGAGGCACUCGUGCGUCGAAGAGCAGAGGGAUAUAUGAUUGACGCUAUACGGAGGGCCCAAGAUGCAGAGAAUCAGAGAGACAUAUCCAUAGAAGAACUCCGAAUUUCCAGAGAACAGGAAACAUCAUUAGAAAGCCAAAUUGCUGAGUUACAAAAAGAAAGGGAUGAGUUGCAGAUGGAGCGUGAUCAUGCACUGAAAGAAGCUGAAGGGCUAAAAAGAAAAAGAGAGGGCUCAAAUGGACAAAUAUUCGAGCUGCCUGAAUUCUCACUUUCUAAAAUUGCAGAAGCUACUCAAGGCUUUAAUGAAUCUCAGAAAAUUGGACAAGGAGGAUAUGGCAACAUUUAUAUUGGUUGCCUACAAACUGAGGUAGCUGUAAAGGUGUUACAUUCUCAGGGCUCCCAAGGCUCCCAAGAGUUCCAAACGGAGGUUGGUGUAUUGGGUGAGUGGAGGCAUCCCAAUCUUGUGAAACUCAUUGGAUCUUGCCCUGAAGCUUUUGCACUCAUAUAUGAAUAUCUUCCUAAUGGAAGUCUUGAAGAUCGACUCAAAUGCAAGGCCAAGAGUCCUCCAUUGUCAUGGCAAACUCGACUACGGAUAGCCAUAGACUUAUGCUCCAUCCUCGUGUAUCUUCAUUCCAGUACUCGACCUCGCACCAUAGUGCAUGGGGAUUUGAAACCAGCCAAUAUUCUUCUUGAUUCCAACUUUGUAUGUAAACUUAGUGACUUCGGAAUUUGCCGUGUGUUAAGCCGUGAUCAAACUUCAAGUGACAGUGUAACACUGAGUUAUAACACCGUCCCAAAGGGAACUUUGCCUUACUUAGAUCCUGAAUUUCUUCAAAGCGGGAUUCUUACUGUGAAGUCAGAUGUUUACUCCUUUGGAAUCAUUUUACUGCAAUUGUUGACUGGGAAAUCACCACCCUACUCUAUAGUGGAUGAAGUCAACUCUGCCUUACUUGCAGACAAAUUUGAAUCCCUUUUGGAUCCUUCGGCUGGACGUUGGCCAUUUGAGGUUGCUCAACCUUUGGCUAAAUUGGCACUAUUGUGUUCUCACAAGAACAGAAGAAGGAGACCAGAUCUUGGGUCUGGUGUAUUGCAGGAACUCGAAUUAUUAAGGGAUUUAACCGGAGGUUCUUGAAAGCAUUAUCAGCCAAGGUGGAGCUAGGUUAUCAAUAAAUAAAUGUUGUGUAAUUUUAGCAAUU